GGUUACAACGAUUGAAAUAAAGCAUUUUAUUGGAAUCCUGUUGAUGAGUGGAUAUAACAGUGUUGCCAGAUACAGGAUGUAUUGGGAGAAAAGUAUCGACUGCAACUAUCAAGGAAUUUCAUCCCUUAUGUCCCGAAAUCGAUUUGAAGAACUAUUACGUUAUUUUCACGUUGCUGACAAUGCUAAUCUUACUCAAGGUGAUAGGUUUGCAAAAGUUCGUCCACUUUGGGAUUUGCUGAAUAAAAGGUGGUUGAAAUAUUACCCUGGCGAUAGAAACUUGAGUAUCGACGAGUCAAUGAUUCCAUACUAUGGGAAGCAUGGAGCUAAGCAACAUAUUCAUGGAAAACCAAUAAGGUUUGGUUAUAAAACUUGGUCUAUAUGUACGAGUCUAGGUUAUUUGAUACACGGCGAACUUUAUCAAGGAGCAAGCACCGGAAACACUCAUCCAGAAUUUGGUGUCGGUGGAUCAGUUGUCUUAGACCUGCUAUCCAGACUACCUCCAGCUAACUAUAGUUUAUGUAUGGAUAAUUUUUUUACGUCUUUACCAUUGCUGAACGAACUAAAGAAAUUAGGUCAUGAUGUUACUGGAACAAUUCGAGAAAAUAGAGUGGAAAAAGCACCACUAAAAGAUAAGAAAGAAAUGAAAGAAGAGGCAGCUACCAUCAAUGCACAGAUGUAUUAUCUGGAAUAACACUGGUCCGAUGCAACGAUAAUAAUAUCGUUACGGUUGCAUCCACCGAGUCCGGU